AUGGAGUCAUGGAUGAACGAAACCAUGCGUGCUUACUUUAAGGAGCGAGUGACGUACCUUCGCGAGUCUCGGCAGAGGCCAGCACAAGCGGACGACAUUGUGAAACUUGAUGAUAUGCAGCAGUCGAUAGGCUGCUGUGGGAUGUUCAUGUUCAUGGAGUGGUGGUCCAUCAAAGAACAGCCGACUUUUCCACCGGACGAACUGGAGUAA